CUUCACUUGUCUCUCUUUGUGUUGGUCUUCCGGAGCGGGGGAGGAUUUCGUUUCAGCUUCCAGCCUCUGCCUUUGUUCCUUCUUCUUUUUAUUUCAUCCCUCUGUUUUGGGUUUGUUGGGUUAUACUGAAAUAGUUGUAAUUCAAGACAAUGUGGUCGGGUGGUCUCACUCAAAACCUCGCCGACAAUCAUGUCAACGUCGUCUCCAUGUCGGUUUUCGUCGCUGUGCUCUGUCUCUGCAUUGUCAUCGGCCACUUGCUCGAGGAAAAUCGAUGGGUCAACGAGUCCAUCACUGCUAUUUUAAUUGGAUGCCUUACUGGAACCAUAAUCUUGCUUUGGAGCAAGGGUACAAAUUCUCACAUCGUAAGAUUUAAUGAAGAAUUAUUCUUUAUAUAUCUUCUUCCACCCAUAAUCUUCAAUGCUGGAUUUCUGGUUAAGAAGAAGCAGUUCUUCCGUAACUUUAUAACUAUCAUGCUAUUUGGAGUGGUCGGUGUUUUUAUUUCUUCAGCCAUCAUAGCAGCUGGCAGCCAGUGGCUGUUUCCAAAAUUCGGCUUUUCUGGGCUGGUUGUGCAGGAGUAUCUUGGAAUUGGAACAAUAUUCUCAUCAACUGAUACUGUCUGUACGCUACAGGUCUUGAAUCAAGAUGAGACUCCUCUACUCUAUAGCAUAGUUUUUGGGGAAGGAGUGGUGAAUGAUGCAACAUCAGUUGUUCUCUUCAAUGCAGUCCGGGAACUAGAUAUUUCUAAACUUGAUGUUUGGGCAGCGGUUUAUGUAUUUGGAGACUUCCUCUACCUAUUUUUAGCAAGCACUGUUCUUGGAGUUGCUACUGGCCUAUUGACUGCAUAUGCUUUUAAAUCCUUAUACUUUGGUAGGCAUUCAACUGAUCGUGAAAUCGCUCUAAUGGUUCUAAUGGCAUAUCUGUCCUACAUGCUCGCUGAGCUGCUACAGCUUAGUGGGAUUCUUACGGUCUUCUUCUGUGGGAUUGUGAUGUCACAUUAUGCAUGGUAUAAUGUAACUGAAAAUUCAAGAAUCACAACCAGGCACAUAUUUGCAACAAUGUCGUUCAUUGCAGAAACUUUCAUCUUUCUUUAUGUGGGAAUGGAUUCUAUUGACAUCGAAAAAUGGAAAAUGAGCAAGACAAGCUUCAAGACAUCAGUGGGAAUAUGUUGUACCCUAAUCUUUCUGAUAUUGCUUGGACGUGCUGCAUUUGUGUUUCCUCUGUCUGCUUUAUCUAACUAUAUGAAUAGAAGGGCUGAGAGAACACCAAUUACAUUCAAACAUCAGAUUGUAAUUUGGUGGGCUGGUCUUAUGAGAGGUGCUGUCUCUAUUGCUCUGGCUUUCAGUCAGUUCACAUUCUCAGGCAUUACAUGGAAUCCAGUUCAUGCUACAAUGGUUACCAGCACUGUCAUUGUUGUACUCUUCACUACACUGGUGUUUGGAUUCCUGACAAAGCCACUUAUAAAUGUACUACUUCCUCAUCAUGCAAUGGAAAACAACCACCAUCAAGAUCCAGAUUCCCACAAUGACGAGCUCAAGGUUCCUUUGCGCAACUUUGAAGAAUCUUCCUCGACCAACUUUUCACGUGCAGAGAGCUUAUCUAUGUUAAUAGAAAGGCCUGUAUACACCAUACACUUCUAUUGGCGGAAGUUCGACAAUGCCUACAUGAGACCAAUAUUUGGUGGGCCAUGCCGAUGAUACAAGACAGGUGUUGGUAAGCCAUUUUCACUU